UUAGAUCUUAUCACGGUUGAGGAAUUAACUCUUCAAUACUCCAUACAAUUUCGUUAACUUAAUGACUGUCAGGCCAGGCAGAAUUGUGAUGCCCAGUACAUCCUACUUGAAAAGGCAACCCACACCAGUCCGAACCCUCAAGUUGCCAUGAAAAGUCCAGCUCAAGUUUAAUGUGGAUCACAUUGGACUGUAUCUAAUACGUAACAACUUCAAUAAAUAUAAUUAGGCAAGGAAUAUGUAUAAACUGUGAAAGCAACUUCCAAAGAUGCACUUGAUAGUGGUGACAAUGCUUUUCUUGUUCCUCCAUGAAAGGAAUCAAUGGCUCUACAGAGCGAAAGCAAAUAUCAACUUUACAUCAACUCCCAUCCAGGACUUGAUCCAUGUUGCAAUAAGACAUUUCUCGUUUCUCCUAUUUGUAAAACCCAUCUCGUUUCAGACUCCACAUCUGUCAAAAAUGGCAGAGAGUAUUGCCUUUCUUGUUUGUCUUGCGAUCGCAAUUAUGGACAUUACAGCAGGAAUUAUGGGAAUUCAAGCAGAAAUUGAACAGCACAAGGUUCAACAUCUGAGAGCAUGGAAUUUUGAAUGUAGAGAACCUGACAACCAUGCUUUCAAGCAUGGUAUAACUGCAAUUGUACUCUUGUUAAUGGCACACGUUAUUGCAAAUUUGCUUGGCAGGUGCAUUUGCAUUAGAUCUAAAGAAGAGCUGUAUCACGCUUCUCCUAGCAAGCAACUUGCCUCUGCAUCCCUCAUAUUGUCAUGGUACUUGUGUCAAAAGGCCACUUCAGAUGAAGCGAGCUUUAAUCAAACUAUAAAUGUGCAGUAUUACUCCCCCAAAAUCUAA